AUGGGAAGUAACAGCACAAACAGUACAAGAGCAAAGUGCACUGAUCUUCAAAUGCCUUUUCAGUAUUCCCUCUACGCAACCACCUAUAUCCUCAUAUUCAUCCCCGGUCUUCUGGCCAACAGUAUAGCCUUGUGGGUUCUGUGCCGCUUCAUCAGCAAGAAAAACAAAGCCAUCAUUUUCAUGAUCAACCUCUCUGUUGCUGACCUUGCUCAUGUACUGUCCUUACCCCUCCGAAUUUACUAUUACAUCAACCAUCACUGGCCUUUUCAGAGGACCCUGUGCCUGCUGUGUUUCUACCUGAAGUAUCUCAACAUGUAUGCCAGCAUUUGCUUCCUGACAUGCAUCAGCCUUCAGAGGUGCCUCUUUCUCCUCAAGCCAUUCAGGGCCAGAAACUGGAAGCGUAGGUAUGAUGUGGGCAUCAGUGUGGCCAUCUGGGUCAUUGUGGGGACUGCCUGUUUGCCACUUCCCAUUUUGAGAAGUCCUGGAUUAGCCAACCACACUGAAUCCUGCUUUGCAGAUUUAGGGCUUUACCAUAUUAGCAUGGCUUCCUCCAUUGGCAUGGUAACUGCCGCUGAACUUGGAGGGUUUGUAUUGCCUGUUGUAAUUAUUACUUAUUGCACAUGGAAGACAAGAAAAUCUUUACAGGAAUUUCAAGCCACCCCUCAAAAUACAAAAGAAAGAAAAAAAGCUUUGAAGAUGGUCCUGAUGUGUGCAGUGGUGUUCAUUGUGUGUUUCACUCCUUACCAUCUCAACUUCCCAUUCUUUAUGAUGGUGAAGCAACAUGUCUUUUCGAACUGCUCCUUAAUUAAGAGCACUCUGUGUUUCCACAUUAUUUCCCUGUGUCUUGCAAAUCUGAAUUGUUGUCUUGAUCCAGUUGUGUAUUAUUUUAUGACUGCAGAAUUUCGUGACCAAUUUUCAGAACAUGGCGGCUUAGUUCUUCAGUCAUGUGUGAGGUGCAAGGACAGUGCUUUGGAUAUUCAUCAGGAGGAGGAGGAUCUUCAAACUAUCUCUUUUGAAUGUUUGCAUGACUCCAAUACAAUGUAACCAAACAAGUAGCUAGAAUAACCUA